CUCUCAAAGCUUUACGUGUACUCUGGUGGAGCGACAAAAAUACUUCCUGGUGUGUAUUUCCCCUUCUGGCACGUUUACAAAGAGAAAUGUCGGGGACACAGGCUGUGUAUUCCGAACAAUAAUAUGACGUAUUUAAUCUAGCACAGGGACAAACGAAAGUAACGACAAUCAAAGUCAAAGUAUGGUAUCCUGGAGAGCCUGUAUCUGGAUGUGUUUGACAUUUAUGUGUGGGCUGGCAAUGAGGACAAGUACCGCCAUUACAUGUACUAUCAGUGGACAAGAAACCCGAGUAAACAAAUCGACGGUUUUUAAUAAGAACAAUAUAUCAUGUCAAUCGACUAGAAACGUCCAGAAUGAAUCGUUAACUCUGACUGGACAACAUGGCACAUUAGAGUAUAGCUACAAUGGAAAGAAGGAAAGUUUAACUCUACUUUUAGACAAUAUCACUAGUUCAACCGAUUACAAGAAAAUUCAUUUACUCACAUGCAAAAACGAGACAUUUGAAAUUGAAGGGAAGCUUCGUUUUGGACAAUCCAUAGGAGACGGAAAUUUUGCUACGGUGUUUGAAUAUUUUCAAAACCACAGCUCCAAACAAAAGUGUCAGUGUAGAUUGUGUCGUAGCAACAAGUGCAGUGCGGAAGCAUGCCAUUCAUUGGUCUGCAACUGCAUUUUUUCAAAUGAUUCCAUUAAAACCGCAGUUUUAUUUUCAGAACCUCAUACUACAACAACGACAACGACGACAACUACUUGGCCUCAAACGACUACUGCACCCAGAACAGAAACCAUAACUCAUUCAAUUACGACACAUAUACCUGCCACGUCGGAACCGACCAGUACAACCGAUGAUUCAACCUCAACUAAGAUAGGUAUAUUAAGCACAAUUUUAGAACCUCAUUCUACAUUAACGACAACGACGACAACUACUUGGCCUCAAACGACUACUGCACCCAGAACAGAAACCAUAACUCAUUCAAUUACGACACAUAUACCUGCCACGUCGGAACCGACCAGCACAACCGAUGAUUCAACCUCAACUAACAUAGGUAUAUUAAGCACAAUUUUAGAACCUCAUUCUACAUUAACGACAACGACGACAACUACUUGGCCUCAAACGACUACUGCACCCAGAACAGAAACCAUAACUCAUUCAGUUACGACACAUAUACCUGCCACGUCGGAACCAACCAGCACAACCGAUGAUUCAACCUCAACUAAGAUAGAUUUUGUUUCUGCAGCACGUCAGUCCAAUGAAGAAAGUAUAUCGACACUGGCGGCUGUAGGCGGUUUGAUAGCUCUUGUGGUGAUUGUCAGCGGUGUAACGGUGUUUGUCUGUCUCCGACGUAGAAAAUGGAAUAAGAAACAGUCAGACUACUCUGAACCCUGCGUAACGAACCCGUCAUAUGAAGAUUUACAGAACAACGGGAAUACUAAUAGCCAGGACAAUGCAGGAUAUGAAGGGAACGGCAAUGACGUACACACUUAUGACAUGGCGGAUGAUCAAAAACUUACAACAACAGGUGAGCAAGACUAUAGUUAUGCCAGUUUUGGUGGACAAUCGAAGUUCAAAGAUGUGAUGCCAACAGUCAACCACGACAGAUAUGUGGGAGGCCGAAAAGGCGAUCUCUGUCAUGAAUCACCGCCGACGGUCCAAGGAAACACAGGGAACGCAAAGCUCUUGAUUGAAAGAGAUGUUACGUCUGAAAACGAUGAUGAUUAUGAUCUCGCUAAAGCAGUGACCGGUAAUAAGGCGGUAAAUUCAAAUUCAACUACUCUUCCUGAAAACUAUUUCAAUGUGGAGAAAACAGGACACCAACCUCCUCCUUUAAGAAACAAUUUAAAUGAUAAUUAUUUCGUGCAUGAGAAUGAUGCAAAUGAACGAGCUGAAGCAAUGCAGACAAUGAAGGAAUCGUUUUCACCUGAAGGAGGCAAUUAUUUCCUCGUCGAUGAAAGUGAAAAUGCACCAUCUAAUGAGAAAUCUUUUACCAAGGAAACCCCUGCCAUUUCGAAAACCGGAAAUGGAGACAUAACUGGAAUUCAAGGCGACAACUAUUUUCUGCUUGAACAACAAACCAACCCAGAAGAAAAUAACCAAGAAAACGGCGUGUACGCACUUGCACAAUCCCAAUCACAAACAGAAAACGGAUACGGUAUCAGUAGAAAAAACGAACAAAAACAAAUGAAGACGGAUCGAGACAUUGAUCCAUAUGAUCAUGUGAGAGUGGGUCAUGCCCAGACAAAUGGACUUGACGACGGCGUUUAUGACGAGCUAAGGAAACAGAAUGUUCGUUACGAAUCUGAGGAAGUGGAUAAUGACUAUGAUCGCUGCCCAGCAACUGGACAUAUUUGUGAACAUUUAAGAACUGAUUAUAACUGAAGUUACUGUAUGUUUUGCAGAAUUCAAGAUGUUAUAAAUUUGUCAUUUUCUAGCAAAAACAUAAAGCUACGUUGUUUAUAUUAUCUGAAGUAAUAUGUUCGUGUUUCAUAGUCCUUAGAAAAGGGGCAUUGUCGCUGUUACUAUAGAAACUAAUCUACUAUAUUACCGCCAUAACUCUAUCAACUUCUUUUCCAAUUGGUCUUGUUCGAACCUUAUAUCAGCAGUCAUUAUGUCGGGUUUCGACUUUACGUUGUGUACUGACGAAAAUAUACGUAUGGUCACUUAAUCGUAUCAUUUAUUCCAAUCCCGAUUAAGUUACACACUAUAAAGUCAUAAUCAUGUUGACGUCGCAAAUAGAAGGGACAGUAUACAACUGUAUCUCGUAACAUUCAUAACAACGAAUUCGGCGAUAAAGUCACAGUUACCUUUGAAGAAACCUUGUUUAACGAGAUAGUGACUCCUUUCUAUACGAUUGUUCAGCAAUUUUCAAAACAAAUGAACAUCAAGAAUAAAAGUAAUGUUCGACUCUUUUUCAAAUUUGAUGAUACUUGGAAUGAGCUGUAUUCGAGAUUGCCAAGGUCACCGUUAUUAUUAAUAUAAAAUUAUCGAAUGACCAAACUAAUAAAUGAUUCCUGCAGAGGCAUUUAUGUCUCAAAGAUAUUUUCUGUUUUAUAGGUUCAGCUUCAUGUAGUACUGUAGCAUACUUGUUACAGGCAUUGCUUACAUAAAGUUUGCAUCAGCUGUUGAAAUUCCUGUAUAUUCUCGUACUGAUUAGUUUGAGCUAAAUUAAACUGUGAAAUAGAAGACAAACACAAUACAUUCAAUUGUUUGUCUCUUGAAAAAAACCACUUCUUUUUUGUACGGCAUAUGAUGGCCAUAUCUUCAAUCACUUCAACAGCUUGAUUGAAGGAGUGAAAAUGGAUACAGUAAAUUAUAUUAAUAAAUGAUGCUAUGCAUCAC